AAUUAAACCAUUUUAUGUACUUGUUAUUGUUUUCAACUCUUCAACUAUUGCAUGCAACAGAAUCAUGCCCGAUAACUAGAAAUGACAUAAACAAGUAUUUCCAAAUUUACAACAUUAGCGAGGAAUAUUCAGAACUUUUUUGGAACUGUUUCGAAGACAGGACGAAGUCUGAAAUUGAAUUGUCUAAACAUGAAAGUCACAUAAAUUUAUAUAAACCCCCUACAACAAACUACCUCUGGGUUGAAAAUUUAAGUUCUCCAACAUUGUUACAAAAGAUAUUCCAAGCUAGCCAAAAAUACUUAUGCAUAGAUAAGUUUUAUUGCGACGAAACAGAAACAUUGCUGCUGCAAUUCCACGACGAUUUGGACGAAGUCGGUACGACCACAAUAUUGAGCACUGGUCAUCUUCGUACUCCGGUUUGUUUGAGGGACUUUUGCAGGUACAUAACGGUAAUCGAAGCGAAAUGGUUGGAACAAAACAAACCAGUGCCUUAUUACGAAUACCAGGAGAUUAAAGACGUUGAAUUGUGUCCCGGGGCUCAGUUGAUACACGAGAACAAGCAUUACGCCGAGUACCAGCAUUUGAUUACAGAUGAAAUCAUCAAUCAGCCACCGGCUAAGUUCAAUUUUGAAGAACGCAUGCAGGAUAUUUUAAAUUAUCCGAAGAGCAAGGAAAUAUAUAAUCUCUACAAAACACCGCAAGAGGAUGCGGAUUUCAACGUGUUCAAUUUGGGCACCACGUACUGCGCACUCGUUGGUGGCUUAAAUGUCGUACAAUCUCACGAUGAUAUAAAAAUAGUUGUCGAUACGACACGGUUUGUGGACGAUGCGUUUAAAUGUAGAUUUAGUGUUUCUUCAAAAGAUAUUGAACUGCAUUUUUAUUCAUGCGAGGCUUUGACGAAAGAUGAUUACAAUUAUCAUUUUGUAUUAGGGGACAAAACGUUAGUUACAAUGACGUUAUGUUCAAAAUCCAAAAACACAGAUUUGUCAGAAGUUAUUCAAUAUAAAAGAAAUACAUUUGGGAAUUUGUCAACUAGAGCAAGCGCACGACGAUUUACCGCUCCAAAUUUACGGUCUCCUAAAAGUAGAAGUCCUGAAAGAAAUUCCGAGGUUUACAUUAAAGCUGUAGAUUUUAAAUUUCUUCAGGAUAAAAUAUAUGAAAAAUCCUUAUCUGAACGUCGCCCCCAGAAUAAAAUUCAAAUUAAUGAUAUGGAUGAGAACCGUUUCUUAAGCUCGCUAAAAAGAGCAAUGGACGAGGGACGGCCUGUAUAUAAAAUAAACAGGAAUUACAAGUAUUUGAAGCCGAUGAAAUUUCCAACUAUGAUUCCAUUAAGCUCAGUCUUAACUAGAGUUAUGUACAAUCAUGUUAGAAGUCCCAACACUAAAGUUCCACAUAGGAGAUUUUAUCCAUAUUACAAACUAAAGUCUCCAGAGCGAGAACCGAUAGAAUUUGCAAUAACUUUGCCGAAUAGCUUGCAUAUUUCACCAUGUGCGACCACUCACUCGAUAAAGAUAAAACAGCAGUUCUUGGAAAAGGGUCCUCAAAUACAAGGUUUGGAUCAUGAAGAAUACAGAAUUUUUUGCAAGAGUGGGGACGUUUUGAUAAAAAUGAAAGACGGAACUAUUAUGAUAUUAAAUCAUUUGGGAAUAAUGAUUACUUACGAAAAACCCAACGUUGACAACUUUAUUGGAGGAAGUUGUAGUUUAAAACCGUGCGUUUGUUUGGAUAUCAAGAGUUAUAUAAAGAAAUUGCAGAGAAUAUUCAACGAAGAACUAAAAAGUAACACCACCAACCACAUUAGUCGAAGACACCUGAUUAGUCAAAAGAAGAAAAAUAUUAUUGAUCCAUCAUUGAGACAAAAAGAUGAUUUCAAACUGCCCUAUAAUAAAAUAUCGCACAUAAAUUUACUAGGUAAGAAGACUGUGUUACAAGGGUCUGAGAUGAAACAAUAUCAGAAAUACUUCGCUGUCAAAGAGUCAGAUUUUGUGUACAACACCGUGUCAUACGAACGAACCGACGGUUUUAAGUGUUUGUUUUUUGAAAAUGGUGAAAUUCAAGUUAAGUUUCCAGAUAACACGAAGAUAACAACUUGGUUUGAAAUGUCCGAAGAUGAUGUCAGUGGGUUUGUUGUGGUGUCUAUGGGCUACAAAUUCGAGCAUCCGUAUUAUAACACAGUUUGCUUCAAGCCAGAUAAAACUUUAGAAAUUCCACUUGUAAAAGGCCUAUCAUUUAAGCGGCGACCGAACAACGAAUUCCUCCUGGAAUCUCCGGGUAGAAUUCACUACACAAUGCGCAACGACUGGAUUAAAUACUCCAUAGAAUGUAAAGAGUGUCCGGGUUACGCAAUUGGAAAAAUCAGUCUGGUCGAUUUCGUGUAUGGAAAGUGGGUACCCACAGAUCGUAUAAUGAAGUUCGUCGACAGCUAUGGCAAAUUAUUUUAUUGGGACUUAACCGGGAAAUGUGUCCAUAAUUCUGGAUACGUGAAGACGACACACAAUUUAUUCGAUUGCAAUCACUCCAUCAAAAGGGAAUACAAAAAAAUGUUUUUGGUGAAAAAAGACCUGACUGGACAGAUGUUUUGGUCGAAUUACAUGUCGAAGAAGAAGCAAGACGUUUACACGGAACGUAAUGAUUGCAGAAUAUUGCACUUCGUAAGUCCUCAAAUUGAGGACAUGGUAGUUACGGAUUUUCGAAGGAAAAUGUUUAAAAGCUUUUUUAAUUAUUACAACAACACGAAUAUAUUAACGGAGCAAUUUUGUCUUAACGAAUACAAAACUGAGGAGGCAUUCAAUGUAAAAUAUGAAACAUUUAUUCAACUUCAUACCAUGUUAAACGAGAAGGUAAUGCAAGAAAUGUGUGCAGAUUUGUAUAGAUGCUUAUCCAGUAAAUAUUCAAAUAAGGAUUUAGAAAUUUUUCAAGUUUUGUAUCACAUUUAUGAAGAAACUGAGUCGUAUAACCCUAAUAUUUUCAAGCCCUUGUUACAUCCUCUUCCGCCUCCAUCAGUGCCAUCGUGCAAUUGCAUCAGAACCUACAUCACGGUGGAGGAGAAGAUCAGACGUUGGAAAGAACGUGUCAAUAAAUACCGAGAAAUGAUUAAAGAGGUUAAUAUACCGGGAUAUUUUGACUCCGAGUUUUGUAUGUAUGAAAAUAAUGAAGCUAAGGAGAAUAAUGAAAUUUUUGACGAUGAUGAAAAUGAAUUAAAUGAAUAA